AUGAGUUAUCUGAACAAGGUUUGGAUGGCAGCAUCGUUCGUGGCUGUUCAAGGAAACGCCGAUCACGGCGUCAAGUUGAAAUCCGGCCUCUGCUCCGCCCACCGCCUUCAACGCCGGCUUUCCUCCGAUCUCCGCCCUCUUUCCGCCGCGGAUGUCCCCGUCGACGGUAUUCCUUCAGAAGAAAGACGGCGUAUCUCGUCUUCCACUCCUGAUGAAUCUCUCCGCCAAGUCAUGUACCUCAACUGCUGGAGUCAAGGCUAA